UCGUGAUUUGCAUUGCUGCAGCCCACUUUAUGGUAUAUCUGGAUGCAGAUGUUCAACGUGGACCAAUGGCAAUAUUUCCAGAAGGAGACUGCAAAAUGGCAGCGCAACACCAACCUUAUAACUGGGAAAGUGUGAGCACACUACUGACUGAACUGCAUCGAAUGCCUUUUGGAGGGCACGUUCAUGGGGAAUAGCAACAGCAGCCGUGUGGCGAAUGGUCCGUAUGGAUUUGAGAAACAGUGUAUUGGAUGCGGAGAACGCAUCGAAAAGGAGCAGCCCGUAAGGAUUGUUACGGAGGGAACAAUGAACAUGACCAUGCCGCCUCGUGAUAUGUUAGCUUGGGCGCACCAAAUGAAAAAAAGUGAAAAAGAAUACUACUUCCACGUGAACUGCUUCGCCUGCCGUCAUUGUCGAGCUGCCAUUGAUGCCAAUGAAUUUCGUAUAGACGAUAACAUACUCUGGUGUAGGAAGUGCUUUACGCGUCAAACGCCGCCCAAGUGUUGGGUCUGCAUGCAGCGAAUCCGGACCAGGAUUUUACCGUGGCUCGAACUAUUCAGACUGCACAGAUAUGUUAACGGGAUUAAAACGGUGAAAAAAGGCAAGAGCUUCCACGAAGAAUGUUUCACCCGGCAAACUCGAGGACAGUGUCCAGCUUGCAUGGAAUAUAUCGGUUUAGAGGAGUGGUCAACCGUGGCUUUGGGUUCGGCCUUCCACAAGGAAUGUUUUCGCUGUAGCUACUGCGGCGGAGGAUUCGCCAGACGACUCCAGGUGCCAUGGAAAUCUCCCAGAUUUUAUCUCAGCGGACAGUCAGCAAUUUGCUAUCGAUGUUACGCCACUACAUCGUCUUCCGAUACUCAAAACUAUGUCAAACACAAAAGCAAAUACAAGAUGACAGUUGCUAGAGACAUGCUUUUUACACGAUCUUAAUAGUAGGCAUGUUCACUAAUCAUGUACACAAAAGUCAAUUAUUACAUGAAUCUGUUCAUAAAAUUGUUUAUUGAUGUACGCUGCAGUAUUAACUCCAUAGUGUACUCGUACUCCUACGGUGAAGUAUUAAGGGCUGUAAAGAUCGCUAAACAGUGAA